AUGAAUUCAAGCAGUGAAGACUAUUCAGAUCAUGGCAACCCUGAUUGGGAAGCUUCUGGUUUUAAUAGACCCUCUAAUGGGCCCAGUGGAGGACAGGAUAAGAUUGGUGUUUGGAUCAACCCUGCACUAGACAUGCUGGAAAGUGAUCUCACCAGUAUCUUCUUACCUGUCAUCUACACCAUCGUCUUCAUCAUGGGGCUUCCCACCAAUGUCAUGGCCAUCUGGGUCUUCCUGUUUAGGACCAAGAAAAGGCAUCCAGCGUCCAUCCUAAUGACCAGCCUGGCCCUGGCUGACCUUCUCUUUGUUAUUUGGCUUCCACUGAAGAUCGCCUACCACUUUAACGGCAAUAACUGGAUCUUUGGAGAGACACUGUGUAAGGUCCUGGUGGGGUCUUUCUACAGUAAUAUGUACUUGUCAUCUAUAUUCAUAGCAAUCAUCAGUGUGCAGCGCUACUGGGCAGUUGUGCACCCACUUUCUAAUAAACUGAAUAACCAGGUAGCAGGGUGUGUAUCUGUGUUGGUAUGGAUUAUGCUCUGGCUCCUCAGUAUUCCACUAUACAUGUAUGACCAAACAGUUAAAAUCAUUCAUCUCAACAUCACCACCUGCCAUGAUCUUAUUUACGACAAUCAAUCACACUUUGUUGCAUACUUUCUGACUAUGGGUAUUGUGGGAUUUGUAGUUCCCUGUGUUGUGUGCGUGGUGGUGUAUGUGCUGAUGUUUCGUCAUCUCAGGAAUUCCACUAUAAAUUCCAGCAGCAAUGAAAACAAAAAGAAAGCGAUCAGGCUCAUGAUUGUAGUAUUGGUCUUGUUUUUGGUGAGUUUCACUCCCAGUAACGUCUUACUGAUGAUUGAAUACUCUCAGCUAAGUACAGGGUUAGAUCAAGUUUAUGACGUAUGCAUUGUUGCACUGUGUCUGUCCAGCCUCAACAGCUGUAUCAACCCAUUUGUGUAUUUUUUAGCUAAAAAUCAUUAG